GAGAACAGGGCUUGGUCAUUCUCGAACAUAUGUCAGUCAGGGCCAUAGUCUGGCUCCAUAUAUCUCUAUAGCUGGUAAGGAUCAGGGGGGAUCAGGAAGAAGCAAGAAAUUUGAGUGACUGAUACAGAAAAAAGGGUUAAAAAGUGACGUCAUAAUGGAGUCUGUCAUCGUCAUCAUAUUCCUCUGCAUUUGUUCGUCCUCUGCUGUGGACAAGGUGUUAUUCGUGGACCAGAUCAACUACGGAAUCUACCACAGUAACAUAGAGCAUGGAAAGCUCCUGACUCAACAGGUGUACCAAAGGGCUCGGUUUGAACACAUCUACCGUCCAGGCGUCAUGACCUAUGAUUUCAUGACCAAUAUGGUCAUAUGGGGCCAGCGGUCCCCCCAUAAGAUUGGCGGAGACAUUCUGGACGGAGUGCCCAACACGGUUAACAUCGUUCCAGGCAUUAAACCCUUUCUCAUUGCCUUCAACAAACACGAUAGGAGGAUCUACUGGUUCGGCAAUGUCUCCUUGAUCCUAGCUUCGGCCAGGCUGGACGGAACGAACAAGAUCAGAGUCCACGUCAAUGACAAACGUAUCUUUGGAUUGUGCAUUGAUGGCCAGAACAGUAUGCUCUAUUUUUCCGAGGGGGAUAGCAUCAUGCAAAUGAACGUGGAUGGAACUGGCAAAAAAAGUCUUGUCGAUGAGGAUCUUGUAAACGUCACUGCAUUCACAAGAAACGCGCAGGACGGGAACCUGUUUUGGAUCAACCACGAUCGCACUAUCGAGAUGUACGAUAUCGUGAAACACGUGAGGAAUAUCGUGACAACGAUAUCGAUAGAGCUAGGAUAUGUCGAACAGAUUCUGAUAUACGACGAUAUUUUCUACUGGGUCGAUAUCGGGCGAGGUGGGAUCGGUUAUUUGAACCUGUUGGAUCAUGUAAGAUCCGGAUUUUCUGACUCCAUACCGGUAAACGGGGAACAUCAGAGCUUGGCCGGUAUACUGCGUAUGAAAGUAUUCAUCAACGAGAGUGUUGACUUGUGCCAUCCAUCGCCUUGUGAGCCUGGCCUUCAGUGCGUCAGUACAAUAUAUAACUAUGAGUGUGUCGCAACGAAUCUCACCGGGAACGGCACGGGCAGUGGAGCGACAGUUGAACCCCAUACCCACACUAAUCUUUGUGAAGCAAGCGGUGAACACUACCCUUGCGAUUAUAUUCGUGGCGUAUGUUUGUACGUCAAUGGAUCGGCUGUGUGUGGAUGUGAAGGCGGAUACCUCCUUGCAGACGAUAACGUCACGUGCUUAGCUCCUGAAAACUGCAGCCACUGUGACAACGGCGAGUGUGUCAAUAGGAACGGCAUGUAUAGCUGUGUGUGUGACGAGGGAUUCAGACCAGACGCCGCAGGAUACUGCCAAGAUGUCAAUGAAUGUGAAAACAUCACUUGUGACGUGGAAUUCGGCGUGUGUAUGAACACGGUGGGAGGAUACUAUUGCACCUGCGCAGAAGGGUUUUUCAUGGGUGGAGACGGCAUCACGUGUCACGGGGAUGUGGAAUCCGAAGAUGAUGAUGAUGAUGAUGAUGAGUAUAGCGAGGAGUCGUCCUUGUGCGAAAUUUACGAAGACGUCCCCUGGUGGAAGCAACAAAAUAAUAUCAUCAUCGUCGUCGUCGUGGUCAUCCUCGCCGUCAUCUUCCUGAUCAUCGUCAUCGCGAUCUGUUGCAGAUGCAAGAAGCGAGGAGACAAUAAAGCUGUAUAACGUUAGAAGAGAGAGGGAGAACGGGAGGGUGAUUGCAAGCCCUCUUGGUUCCAUGAGCCUAAUUACAUCAGGAGGACAAAAGAUAUUCGUUCGACCCAACCCAUUCGAAUUUUUUUCAAUUUGAUAUUGCUGAUUGACAAAAGUGUAUGAAUAUGAUUCAAAAUCUAACACUGAUUCUAGAAAUGGUAACUCUAGAACUUCCUUUGCCCAAAUUGGGAAGAUAUAUCUAUGAUUUGGAACUAUUUUUUGACUGGCGGAAGAAUCGGGACUAUUUUACUGUUUCAGUUGAUGAAUUUGAUCCCAUCAUAGUUAUCUUCAUAAAUGGCGAUUUAUUUUUAAAAUGAGCUGGCUACAAUACCCUUCUCUGGUCAGAUAUGGAAUGUCAGAUAUGUAUCCUAUCCGAAGGUAGUAAACAUUUGACCCUCUAGUUUCACAUUUAUUUUUUAUGAAUUUUUCAAAAGUGCCAUUUUAACACACAAGUCUAUGGGGAAUGUUUUACGCGCGUGACACCUCUUCCAGAUGGGUCUCAAUCACAGAGAUAUAUCAUGGUUAGUCUAAAAAAAACCUCCUACCUCAAAAUUAUUUUGAUGGCAGCUCAGAAUAAGCUAGGUUUUACAGUUGUAACAUGGGUAGCAACCUUCUUUUGCCUCGAUAAGAGUUCUUCACGGGCAUCAGGAGACUGUUUUCAGACAAUAUGAGACUGACACCAAUGCCAUGUUUUUAAACAGCCUUUUCUAAGUUGCCCUCUUAAUUUUCAAAUUUUGAGGUAUUUUAUUUUAUUUCAUUGUAACAUAUUAAUGUAUUCAGGAUAAAGAUGAUCAGCCGAAGGUUUUAUCAACAAGGAAGUAUCAGCCCAGCUUAAUUAGUAUAUAUCUCUAUGGUCGUAUGUCUUAAUACGCUUUGGGUAUUGAAAAGAGAGAGAAAAUUGAGAAUUAAGCAUUUUUUCAGAGACUUCACUUAAUUUCACUCUAAAAUAUGAAAUCAACAUUUAAAAGGCUGGAAGAGUGACAAAAUUUUCGGAAUUUUAUAUUCAACUUUGCAUAAAGCUGAAUCCGGAUCCUCCGGGCUGAAAAUAUUUAUAUUUAAACAAAUAGAGUAAAAUUUACACAAACAAAAUGCUGAAAAUUACAUCAAAAUCUGAUAACAAAUAGUGAAGUUAUUGAAUUUUAAAUUUUAGCAAUAUAUUGUGAAAACAGUUAUACGCACGUCGCCAUGAAUUUUCAUUAGGUGGACUGAUGAUGUCAAUCCCCACUUUCCUUUUUCUAAUAUCAUUACAGAAAAUCAUAAUUGUUCAUGCAUAAGUGAGUGAUAAUUAUGAUACCCUUAUAAUGAAAUAAGUUGUAGCAAUGAAUAUCUAAUGCACUGAAUCAGUUGUCAAUCCAUUUUUUUUGUCCUUGAGGAAAAUAAUUGAAUAAAUUUAAUUUCAUAUAAUUAAAUACAAAAUAAAAAGUGGGGAUAUGAGAUCAUCAGUAUGCGUAUUGGAUAUUGAUGAAGACAUGCCUAUAGAACUUACUGUCGGAAUAGUGCAAAUCCCAAAAUAAAAUGCCAUAACUUUGUUAUUUCUUGUACGAUUUUGAUCAAAUUUUCGGUGUUUUUAUUUUUUCUUUAUCUGUUCAAAUCAUAUUUUUUUAACCCUGGAGAACCCCUUUAAGUAUUGGUUCAAACCAUUCAAUGCUGGUAAGUGCAACAUUUAGAAAAGGUUUCACUCCUCCAAGUUCCUUUCAAUGUUGAUUUGACAUUUACUUUUCUAAUCGUGUCCCAGAGUACAGUUUGGACACUGAAUAAAGUGAGUGAGUAAAACAUUUUGAAUAUAGGACCUAUCUCAAGUGGAAAGUGACAAGAAAAAACAGUGGUGGAUUUAGGCGAUGGACUAAGGGACCCUGAUGUAUUUAUGUUAACUGCUGUAGUAUCAAUUGUCUUACAUCUCUUGUAUAUACAUGUACUUGUAAAUACUUUUGAAAUGUCUUCAUGGCUUAAGUUAUUAUUACGUUUACGUUCUAGGAUAUUUCCCGAGCAUGACAACUUCCCUGUAAAUCAUGGUGACUAGCAAGAGUACUGUUUCAUAAAGGCUUGUUAAAACAAAUUUCCUAUAUUAUAUGACUAUCAGCCAAUCAGAUUGAAGGCCUUCAGUAGCUUUUGACUGCCAAAUGGAAAUUUGUUAUUAUAACUAGUUUUAUGAAAUGGAUCCAAGAUGUACUCAAGGAUGACUGUUAGGGUAAGCUGUGCUCCGUUGAGACUCGACCUGGGUGAUUCAAACAUAUCUGGACCCGUCUUACAAAGAGUUACGAUUGAUCCAAUCAACCAAAACUAUGGAAAGCCAGCAACAUCAACAUCUAAAACAAAUGUUUGAUCAAAAUAUUUUCUAUAUAUGACGUAUAUUUUCAUGUACAUUCAUAAUUUUCUUGAAAAUUCAGUGUACUUUUUUUUGUUAAUAAAAAGGACAUUGUGCAAAUUUCCUGACGAAAAAAUUAUGACGUUGAUGGAUUUCCAUAUACUUUAGGAUAAUCGGAUCAAUCGUAACUCUCAGUAAGACAGGGCCCUGGUGUCCGUUAACUUCGCAUUCAAACUUCCAGAUGCACUUGACGCGAGCUGAAGUGUAACAAGAAUUCGUAAAUUAUACAAAUAGUAUGAAGUAUAAUUAGAAUUCUAUUAGUAAUAAUGAAGUAUAAGUCGAGGAGGAUAGCAUUUCCCAGGUGUUAGGCAGUGAAAUUCACACAAUGGGAUUCAAAGCAAUCAAAAUUCCACACAGGACCAGUUCUCUAUAAAAGGCCCUAACCAAUGAAUAGGAACCAUCUUUUCAAAGACGGCUAAGAUCAUACAAAAACACAAAGAUCUUGUAAAGAACUAGAAACAGGAUUGCUUUCCAAUCCACUUAAGUAAUUUUUCAAGAUGUACACACCAAAUAAUCAUUUGGUUUGUACAAAUUUGUUGUAUGUGUUUGAAUGGGGCGCCGUGGUCUAGUGGUUACGACUCUCGUCUUUCAAUCAGACGGACAUGGGUUCAAAUUCCAGGCAUGAUAUGUUUUCCUUCUGCAAUAAAUAUACCCACCAUGUGCUGCACUCAACCCAGGUGAGGAGAAUGGGUACCGACAGGAUCAACUCCUUGAUUGCACUGAGCGCUAAGAGGCAGCUCGUGCUUAAGUCGGGGAUAAUAAUACUAACAAUGUGCCUCGGAAUAGAUUAUUUCUAGAUAGAUGGCGCUAUAUUCCCACAAAAUAAGUUCUGCAUUUCAAAAUUGACUUCUGUAUAAUCGGGAGGGAAUAAAAUUGUUUUGAUGCAGUCAUGCAGGGUGGGAUCCUCCUCGACUUAUACUUCAUUAUUACUAAUAGAAUUCUAAUUAUACUUCAUACUAUUUGUAUAAUUUACGAAUUCUAUUACGUAACAUUCGUAUAAGUCUUCAGAGGAUAGCAUGUUCAAAGCCACAUAUCAGAAGUCAAUUUCAAACAAUUUGAAAGUUAUCUCCCCUAAUGAUCUCAUAAAGAUCAUAUUACCUCAACGUGGUCAUACGAUGUUGCCACUUGCCAAACUAGAAAUAUUUAUAACACUUCAGAAUGAAUUGACAUUAUGAAAAUGUAAUUAAGGAACACUGAAUCAGCCAAUGAUUAUAUUUAUAUAAUUAUUAAUAAAUUGUUUCUCAAUGAAGGCGAGGAAAUUAAUCAGUGAAAUAUUCCUCAUCGAUUCAUCUUGCAAAUUAUCUCCGAUCAAUCAAGUACAUAUCAUACUUCUAUAUAAUCCAUUGAUAUAAAUGUGAAAUAUUUUCAAAUAAUUUUUAUAUCAUUUUAAGGUUUUCUACAUCAGCAGUAGAGGCGAAAAUGGCCUCACUGGAAGAGCCAUAUAUAAUAAUCGACGUUUAAGAUAAGAAUAACUAAUGUUGGAAGAUUCAUCGUACUAUAUAAGGAUGAAAAUAAUAUCUUGCUUCAGAUAUCAAAAGUCAAGAUAUUUCUCUAUGAUCAAAUCAAAAGUUUUAGUGGUGAAGGAGGUAGUUAAUUAUUGAUGAAACGCGGAACAAUUACUGAGGCAUCAUGGUCAGAUGGUAUAAAAUGUAAAAACUAAUUCAGUUUUUGAUCUGAGACAAGGUUACUAAAUAUUUUUAGGGGGUUCCAAUGGGUGAAUACUAGACAGUAAUCUUUGUCAUGUUUGUGCACCUUUAACCUGAGAAGAGUAGUUUAGAAAAAGCAAUCAACAAAGAAGAAUUCAUAAUUGAAGAGAACAAAGUAGUGAUGUUCAAAUAAUUUUCUCAUCGUACAAAAUAACUUUCAUGACAACUCUUGAAAGUGACAUUUGGAUGGUUCAUUCAGCGUUUGAGCACGCUGGACGUAAUUGCUGUCAGCAGAGAAGAGCAGAAUUAUUGACGUCAAAAUAAGAAGAUAUAAUUUAUGAUUGCCCCCAAAAGAUUAACAUUCAACAAUUUGGUACAAUGAAAUUGAAUCAAACUUCCUUGUAAUUUGGUGUGCCAAGUAAAAGGAUAUUCUCCCGAAUUGGAAGUCCAUAAAAGGCUGUAAUGAAUUUAGAUGUAAGAAUACCUGAAAAGAAAAGCUUCCUGAAAGAUUUAUAAACUUGAUAACCAUGGUUUAAAUUAAAUGAAAUUUCAUGUUUUCAAAUUUUGUUCGACUAAUGAAUUUUAUCAUUACAAUUGAUAAAGAGUUAUAUUGCUGUCAAAUACUGUAAUUGAGACAAGGAGUUCAACAAGGAUUUGUAGGCAGUAAAUUGCCUUAAUUCAAUCAUGGGUAGGUCCAUGAUUCAAUAAUACUUGAUUAUCAGCAUAGUGGUGGUCGAGGGUGUAGUUUACAGCACAGCUUGCAAAAUUGGAGUUUAUUCUUCUAAUCAAACAUACGUAUCAAUUUGAAUAGUUAAUGAUAUUGGUAUUCAUUUGUUUGUGAAAAACAAAUUUGUUUUAAAAAAUUAUUGUUCUAGGGCAUAGGUGCCGUGCAAGAAAUUGAUUCCUAAACAUUUAUGUUGGUAGUUAGCAGGUCAGAUACCUUACAAAACAUGAUCGCGACACCUAUAAACAUGCUAACGAUAUUAGCAGUGAUUGAGAUCAAUCAUAGGUUGUGGAGUAUCCGGUUUGAGUAUAAGCAUAAUUGACUGGCACAAUAAGUAAUGAAUCUUAAUGUUGAUAAUUGUCAGAAAUUAAUUUGAGAUACAAGUCCAAAAUGAUGACACUUCGAUCUCCAAUUUUUUUAUACAUGACAUAACAUAGUCGUCUGAUUGAAUGAUGUAAAUAGUAAAAGAACCAAGCAGGUUAGGUUUUUAACUUUCCCCUGUAAAACAGACCUCGAGAGCUCGCUUCCAGAAAUCCCAGUUUUAUUGUUAUUCAUUUUUUUUUUUUUUUUUUUCAAACUAUUUAUCAACACAAUUUCAUAUUUUUUUUUGGUGUAUUUCCCUCGUGAUCGAGGAGUUAGUAAUGAAAAAACUCAAUUUCAGCGAUACAAAUGUACAAAUCAAAGCAGCAUCCUCUAGGGAUCAUAAUGGCUUAUACAAUAUUUUAUAUCAGAUGACUGAUUGUUAACAUUCAUGAAAAGUUCUCUUGGGAAUCCAUGUAUUAUAUAAAGUUACUUUAAAUAUAGUUAAGUCUUCUUGGUAGCAUAUUGUGUAAUUUUGCAUGGCACAACGUUGAUGGUUCAUGGUUGAUAGUCUUGUACAAGAUGAGUACAGGGUGGAAGAAAUUUCAACUUUGAUUAAACAAUGGAUCUCUGUCCAGUGUUUUUACCAAUACCAAAAUUGUCGGAAUGCAUGUCUGCAUACAUUCUAAACUUUUGAAAGGUUUAAAGGUUACUUAAUCCAACUUGUUGUACACUUCGGGAAUUUGGAAUACUCUUAGUAUCAACGGCUUGCGUUGGAAAGGAUAAUUAGGUGCUUUGUCAAGUUAGAAAUCCGAUCUGUUUAAAUCUUCCUUGUUCAAUCUUUUUAAUUAAAAUCUUCUUUGUUCAAUGAAUAGAUAACAAGAAUACAUGUACAUGUAUAUAGGUCCAUGGUCUGACAAAUCUUCAAUGUAGGUUGUCAAGGACAACAUGAAUGAAUGGGAAGGUCUAUCAGCAAAAGAAUGUUCAGGCUUGAGCAUGUAGCCUAUUUACAAAGUCUGGUGAAAAUGUACUAGAUACCUCUUUUAAUAUAAGAAUAUAGUAAUGAGCUAUUCAUUUAGGCGCCUUGCACGGAUGAACUACUAGUUGGAACAAUUUUGCGUGUAUUAUAUAUUGUUGUCUGGUAAACCUCAGACAAUGAGAUUUGCAUCUUGGCAAUUAAAAUUUAUUUCAACAUGAAGUUCCUUCCAGAUCCAUAAUCAUUUAAUGAAGCAUUUUUUAUCAUGCUUUUUUCCUUUGAGGAAUGUAAAGCUUCAUAUUACAAGCAACAAAUGGAUGAUAGUUGAAUUUCGUGACAAAACUUGGCUUUUCCCAGCUUAAAAGCAAUUCAAAUGACUAUGAAUUUGCCACUAACCAAUCGGGUUAUGCGAAUAUGUAAAAUGGCACAGUAGUAAGUCUAUGCAUUAUCCACGCGAGUUGUGAGAUAUCUAGCGAUAAUAUCGCUGUUGUGAAGCUCUUGGUACAACUGUUUAAUUUGUUUUAAAUUUAACACAAGAGCAUAUCGAUCAUCGUUUUAUAAGCAGUGAAGAAGAUUCCCUGCGUUGUGCAAAAUGCCUUUUGUGUACAAUGUACUCUAGGUUAUAAAGAGAGGCCUGUGCCAGUCCAUGUUAUAGCGAUGUCAGUUUAUACUCCAAAUCGAUGCUUUUUAAACAUGUUUAAACGAAAAUGGUUCUUGUAAAAGAUUCCUAUGAGGGAUAAUUCAAAAUGUAGGCAUAACAAUUUUUAUACAUAGAUACACAUGUUCAUAAUGUCCGGGAAUGUCACCCAUUAUUAUGAUAUGGCGAAAGAUUCAUGCCAAUCUAUGGCAAAGGAAUGGUAGCUUCUAUAGAGUAAGAAACUCUCCAUCUUUGGGAUGGUGAAAACAAAAUCGACUGUCAGAGCAGUAUUAACUAAUACAAGUAAAUCCAGUACACAGUUGGCCAUGACCAUCAGUAUUAUCGGUGCUCCGGUGUCGUAUUGAAUUCUUCUGUACACAAUCCGAUUGGAAUAUAGGCGUAUAUACUGUAGUAAUUACUCGACAACAAUUUUAAGAAGGGUUAAAUUAAAUCCCUUGGUCCAGCACAGUUGCUGUUAUUGGUUGGUAUACUAACCACACAUUAGAACGAGUAUUGUAGAAAAUUUGGCAAUGCCAAGUAAGAAAAAGUUGGAAGCAAUUUUAUUAUUCGGAUGAAUUGAAGUCAAAAUAAGGCUGUAAUAAGGGUAAGGCUCGCAAUCCAAAUCAAUGACAUGGUUCGAUGUCAUAUCAGCAUAUGGCUUAAUUCGAUAAACCAAAGAGUUUACAGAGUAAAUCAUUAUAAUGAUGUGAAGGUGUGCUGAAUCAGCGAAAUUUCUAGAAGAAAAGAUAGGGCAGCGCCCUAAUGAAGAAACAGUGUAGGGCAGCCCCCUGAUGUAGAAAGGUAUGGCUCACAUACCAAAAAUAUGGGUGGAGGAGCCCUCCUGCCCAAGUCAGCAUGACUUGCAUGCCUUAAAAUAUCAGAGACUGCCAUGAUAGCUGCCGCUUUUACUCAACUCCAGGCGGCUUUCCAUGCCUGCUCCCCAACGGAGAGCAGGGCUGAAGGAGACCGUAGGCUUACGUCUCCUCAAUACUCACCAUGAAGAUAAAGAUGUGUAGUCACUGCCGUCACACUUGAAAAAUAUGGUUCCUAUUCAUUGGUUAGGGCCUUUUAUAGAGAACUGGUCCUGUGUGGAAUUUUGAUUGCUUUGAAUCCCAUUGUGUGAAUUUCACUGCCUAACACCUGGGAAAUGCUAUCCUCUGAAGACUUAUACGAAUGUUACGUAAUAGAAUUGCUAUUAUUAGGUACUAACUCCUCGAAUGUUCAGUGUAGCUUAGUAUUUAUCAUUUAUCAUUAGUCUUUAUCAUCUUGUUUUAUUCUCUAAUUUCGGUCGCAAUUCGUCCUGUUUCUAUUUAUGUUUAUUUCUCCUUGUGUCGUCCUGUUCUUGUUCUUGUUUUUUUUUUCUUCGUGGUAUUUUACUCUUUAUUAGUUUUGUCUUGUUCUGUGGGUUAUCUUGUUCUUUUUAAUCUAUUCAGUAAGUCUCCGUAGGCAAAUAGCAACCAUUGCGUCUCUCUCCCCCCCCCUCUUUCUUUCUCUCUCUCUCCCCCCUUUUCUCUUCCUUGAGGGAGGUUCACAUUAUACAAGCUUUGCUUUUGAGUGAAUCUCCUAUUUCCACAGAUUGUAUAUAUAUUUAUAUAUUAAUUAUCAUGGAUGUUUUUUACUAUGAUUAUAAUGACAAUGAUUUGUAUCGCAAAUAUUUGUUAUAAUGUAUGAAAAUGAUUUGUAUCAAUAUUCAUGUUAUUUCUGUUGGAAAUAAAUCUGAAUCUGAAUCUGAAUCUAUUUAUUAUGGUAGUGGUAGGUAACCCCCCCCCCCCUUGUCAAAUUUUCAUCGGAAAAAUGUGCCCCCCCCCUUUUGAAAAUACUGGAUCCGCCCCUGGUGGUAGCAAUGUUAGGCAAGAAUAUUCAACAAGUAGUUUUACCUCCAUUGUAUAUAUAAUUAUUGAUGAAUAUGUUUAUCACUAAACACUAAGUUAGUGUUUACCAUUAGUGUUACUAUUAUUAUAUACAUUGUUUAUUCGUUUGUAUUAUGAUUAUCAUAUCAUAUCUGUGUAAUGAGUUCCCAUGUUUUUGAGUUAAGAUGAAAUGGAAUGAAACAAACCAAACUUGAAACAAAA